GAGAGCCCUUGCGUCCGGGGAGUCGGGCUUUGUCAGGGCGGGGCUCCGAACUCCUCGUGUUCGUGUCACCGUGUCCUUCCCAGGAGACAGAGGCGGCGGGGAGGGAAAGCCCUGCGCUGGGGCCGAAGCGGCGGGCGGGGCCGAGCUGAGGGAAGCCGAUCCGGGUGCCCCCACCCCCGCGCGCCUCAGUGGUGCCUGCCGAGGGAAGGACUCGCUGCUGCGGUCCUCGUGCCGCUGUCAGUGCGGCGGGGCGCGCGAGCUGUGCGGGCGCAGGGUAGCCAAACCUAGAGAAGCCGAGGGGGUGGUAGCAGCAGCGACUCCCGCGUGUGUGCUCAGCCUCCUCACGCCGCGGCCGAGGCCGCCGCCGCCUGCCUUCCUUCCUCCCUCCUUUCCGCCCCCGAGUGCGGCGGCACCGCCUCCUUCCGUACGCGCGGCUUCCUCCAGACCGCUUGGUGCCGGUGGCCACCAUGUCCUUGAAGAUACAGACAAGCAAUGUAACCAACAAGAAUGACCCCAAGUCCAUCAAUUCUCGGGUCUUCAUUGGAAACCUCAACACAGCUCUGGUAAAGAAGUCAGAUGUGGAGACCAUCUUCUCCAAGUAUGGCCGUGUGGCUGGCUGUUCUGUGCACAAGGGCUAUGCCUUUGUCCAGUAUGCCAACGAGCGCCAUGCCCGGGCAGCUGUGCUGGGAGAGAAUGGGCGAGUGCUGGCUGGGCAGAACCUGGACAUCAACAUGGCUGGAGAGCCCAAGCCCAACAGACCCAAGGGGCUAAAGAGAGCAGCAUCUGCCAUAUACAGGCUCUUCGACUAUCGGGCCCGCCUGUCACCGGUGCCAGUGCCCAGGGCAGUCCCUGUGAAGCGACCCCGGGUUACAGUCCCUUUGGCUCGGCGUGUCAAAACUACCAUACCAGUCAAGCUCUUUGCCCGCUCCACUGCCAUCACCACCGGCUCAGCCAAGAUCAAGUUAAAGAGCAGUGAGCUGCAGACCAUCAAGACAGAGCUGACACAGAUCAAGUCCAACAUCGACGCCCUGCUGGGCCGUUUGGAACAGAUUGCUAAGGAGCAAAAGGCCAACCCAGAUGGCAAGAAGAAGAGUGAUAGUGGCACUGGCGGUGGUGGUGGCAGUGGCAGUAGUGGCAGUAGCAGCCGGCCACCGGCCCCACAAGAGGACAUAGCCUCUGAGGCAGGCAUACCCCAGGGAGAAGCUCAGGCUCGAGAUGACGGCGACGAGGAGGGGCUGCUGACACACAGCGAGGAGGAGCUGGAGCACAGCCAGGACACAGACAUGGAGGAUGGGGCCUUACAGUAAGCAGCCUUACAGGAGCAGUGGCCACCAGCAGGAGAGGGGCAUCACUGUCCCAGGCCUAAAGCCAGGCACCCACCCUUGGAUGCCACUCCUCAGCGGGUACCAGAGGAGAGCUGGCAGCAGGCACCUUUUUCCCCCGUGCAUCACAGCCAGUGCCACAUCCUCUGCAGGUGGAGUUACCGGCCUCCCCCUUCCCUAUGCACCCUCCCUGUCUGCACUGCCCCGGCCAGAGGGCAGAGCACAGGGGUUUCCUCACACUCUGCCUUCCCUCCCCAGGACACUCCCAGGCUUGGGGUUUUUCUAUAGGUUUGGAGGGGGGCCACAGGGAGGGGACCUUGACAAUAAAGAGAUUGGAUCCCAA